GGUGAACGAGUCUGGUGAAGAAGCACAGCACGGCACCAAAUCGACUGAACUGGCUGUACAUACUGGUUGCCAUUGGAGGUGGUGGCUUUGUAUCUGCAGCGUUCGUUGCUGUGCGCACGUACCACAUCUUCGGCUGGCCGGAGCAUACAUGACUAUCUGCGAGUACUCCAAGUGGCGCACGAGACUUGUGUUGCACGUUCGCCCGGCGGGAGGCAGAGCUGAAUGGCGGCAGGCAGUUCGACUGCUGAUCACUUUCAAGCAAACGACUACUUUCAGCAUGUUAUUAUUACAUCAGCCUGCAAAAUUGUUGUUAUUCAUUGUCGCACGGAUAAAAUGCCAUUAUUUAAGGCAGAAACAAGGGAAUAUUUGAAUGGUUUCUCUUUUUACAACAAUUAUGUGUCUAAUUGUGUGGGAAACGCCUCAGCCAUUAACCAUUUAUUAAUUCUAUCGCGCAGCUAUUACUUUCAGCGAGUUAUUGUUUUAAACCUAAAUUAAUCUGUCUGUAGAACCUAAUUAAUUAACUCGAAACACAGCAAGCUGACGAAAAUAAGCCUUUUUUGCCCGCGACCACCUAGCCAAGAAAGAUACAAAAUGGAACGCAACUGGUUUGCAUCCACUUGGCAUGGAUGCCGAGUACGACCCAUACUUAUAAAUAACACUGAAUUUGCAUACAUUUUGCGACGUUAUAUUUACAUCGAACCAAGCUGGGCACAGGGAUGCGAUGAAAUGAAAACAAAUCCAAAGUCCAAAAUGUGCGCGGAGGUACAUACAUAUGUGUAUUUGUGGGCAGAAAUGUUGUCAUGUUGCGGCUCUCGGCGGGAAGUGUGCGACUUGCGCAUGCGCUACUGCUGGAGAUUCAGGGGCUUCCCGCACAGACUUGGUGGGCCAUUGUGGGGCAGUUGGCUGGAGAGUUCACUGUGCAUAUCGGAGGGUCCUUGUGCGUUGUGGGGCUUUGUUUCGCCGGCGCCACUUGUCGACUCACGCCUUUGUUCGUGGGAGCCUUUGUGUGCGCUGCACUGCAUCCCAUUGAUAAAGAGCGUUUAAAGCCGGCUAUGCCAGCUAUGCCCGCUUGCCGGCAAUGGCAAUCAAGACUCGUUUUGCGAUUGUCGGCCGGCGGGGGCAAAGUCCAGUGGGUUCAAUCGGAUGGGGAAUGUUCAUGUGGAUUCGCCAAUCUGCCCGUGGAGAAUCUGGCAGUGCACCAUCUGUCCCCGCCGCCGGAGAAGUUCUGGAGCAUGAUGGCCUACAACAAUGCCAAGCUGUGCAACGUCUUGUUCGCCCAGGAGCUCGCCCAGCGAUGGAAGCAGCGAGGCAUUUCUGUGUUCAGCCUGCAUCCGGGCAAUAUGGUGUCCAGUGAUCUGUCACGGAACUAUUGGUUUUACCGGCUGCUCUUUGCCAUUGUGCGUCCCUUUACCAAGUCGCUGCAACAAGCAGCUGCCACGAGUGUCUACUGCGCCACGGCCAACGAGCUGACCGGGUUGUCUGGACUGUACUUCAACAACUGCUUCUUCUGCGAGCCCAGCAAAUUGUCCAAAAGUGCUGCACUGCAGCAGCAACUGUGGAGGCUUAGUGAGAACCUGAUUGCCGAGUUUGUGCAGGAGCAGCACUAACCGUCCAUUUGGCUCCACUUGAUAUGUUUAUGCAUGAUACCAAUGAUUCCAUUAAGUAUAAAUAUAAAUCAAAAUGUUGGUGCUUUCCGAAAUCUUCAAACCAGA